AUGCGACUUAGCAAUCUCUUAAUCAUAUUGGCUGUUGCCAUCGUAAAGCCAGCCUACGGAACCUUAGAUAUCAGUACAGGUGUGUAUUGCAUAGGCGUUGAAUAUACGUAUGGUGAACUCGAGCAUGCCAGAAGAGAAAAUUGCGACUAUGUAAAGCGGAAGCUAUCCGGGUUGAGAGCACAAGCAAAGAAGGAUAAAGAAAGACUCAAGAAAAAUCUAGAGAGAGACAAAAAAACCUCUGAAAAAAUUGAUCGUGCCCUUCAAUCGGGACAACUUCCUGCCGACGUCCCAAGUUUCUACUCGAUGAGUACCUUCGAAAUAACUCCUGAUCAACAAUCUAUUCGACCGGUGAUAGAUACACGGACUAAAGAAACAUCUGGCUCGACAUAUUUUGCUCAUGGCCCCGGUUACACACCGCCCUUGCCUACUGUGGAUAUUCCAACAGAAGUGCCAAUUACAUUACCGCAGAAGGGUGAAGGAACUGUACAACUUUCAAUGAACGAAAAAUGUAAGGUUGAGAAUGUAAUACAAUUUCGCGAUGGCGCAGAACCUUACAUCUGCUUAACACCCGAUCAGGUGAACAGAACGAGGGAAAGGAUACAGGAAGGACGGCAAACUUUGGCAAGUAUGAGAUUCUCACGACGUUGA